AUGUGGUCUUAUAUAGUUUUUUCUGCUGUUCAUGCUGUCAAAGAGCAUGUGACCUUGAGAGCUGCAGCAGGGAAAAGGAGGCUAGCCGGUAGUACAUGGACUAAACUGUUCUGUCCCCUACUUCUCCAUUGCAGUGGCUGCUUGGAAUUCUUCAGGAGGCUCGUCUUCCUGUUUUUUGGAGCAUUAACAACGUCACUCUGAAUGUGUGAGAGGUGCAUUGUAUUUUUAGACCUUUGGAGUUUUACCAAAUAACAUAUGUCACAGGCAGUUUUAAAAUUGUUGUAAUGGGCUAAACUUUAAUCACUGUGUGAGUGAGAUGAAUCCUCUCAGGCAAUAUGUUGUGACACUAUUAGAGUGGAUAAGCUUAUGGCUGAAAUGUGUUUUUACAAGACUUUGGGGAGCUUUGCCAGCAGUCAAAAGUCAGAUGGUAUCCACAGUUAUUACAGCUACAGGAUCAUGCAAAGCAGACUCAGAGGAGUGGAAAACCAAUGUGGCACUUUGCACUUAUUACCCUGGAGAUGGAGAUGAAGCCAUUGUUACAGUCCAAACUAGCACAUGUGCAUUCCAUGUGGACCUUUGGAGACUUUCUGAGUGCAGCGAAUACUUCCGAGCCUUGUCCAGGUCCAGAAUGAGAGAGACCUCCGAGAGCCUCAUCCACCUAGACCAUGUGUCCUCCUCUGUAUUCCACAAUCUCCUUGAGUUUUCCUUCCAUAAUAAGUUUAAAGUCCCACAGGAAGAGUUAGGCACACACAUACAGGUCAGCAGCUAUCUCCUGGCUGAGGCCUUCCUCUCAAAGUGCCUGUCAGUCCUCGCAGACGACCUUAACCCAGGCAACUGUUUGUCUUACCUGAGUCUGGCUCAGGAGAUCUGCUGUGUGGAGCUAAAGCUGAUAGUGUUCACCUACCUGAGUAGAAACCUACUGGAGCUGCCUCACCUCAUCAAGCAUCUGAAUGAUGCAGAGAAGGACGAAAUUGUCCACCUGAGGAUGCAAGGAGACAGACAUCUUUGCAGCCUUAGGAAGGAAAACCUGACUUCUUGGAACGACCCAGAAACAGAACGUUCCCGACAUAUCUUCACCCUGAAAGGGUCAGAGGACACCGGAAAUUGGUAUCCCGUUACAGAGCUUCCUUUCAGGGCGGACAAGUGGUGUUUCACCACAGUGGUCCUGAAUAACUACCUGUACAUAAUAGGAGGCUACAGGCAGCGCGUGAAGAGAGGCUGGGAGUUCAAGUUGGCUUCCUUAAGGUAUAAUCCCUUUACUCAUGCAUGGGCUACCACAGCUCCUCUGAUUAAGCACAGACGGCAUUUCAGUGCAGUGGCCUGUGAAGGCUGUAUUUACGCUGUGGGAGGCUGGUACUUGGACUCACUGGUGACCCCAGACUCCAGCACAGCUCUUUAUACAGCUGUUGAACGCUAUGAUCCGUGGGGGGACACAUGGAGGUUUGUCUCCUCACUGCCGCUCACUGACUUCCAGUUCACCGUGUCCUUGUCACAUGACGUGCCCCUUGCCACCAGCCUUGGACACUGUCUCUAUGUGUUGGGGAACAUCCAGAGAACAGGAGAGAAACUGCUGCUGCAGUACAACACAAGGCAUGACUCCUGGUCUGAACUACUUCCCACCCUCACCAGAGCAGAUGCAGACCUCCCUACUCUUUACUUCCUGGGUGCCACUGACAGGCUGGUUGUGAUUGGUGGGAACAACUCAGGGAAUGUGUUGACUUCAUUCUGUGUGCAAUCACAGAGAUGGGGACAGGUGCACACCACUGAGAAAGUGGCCUUAGCAGGACAAGGGGUGGUUGUAGGUGACCAGAUCCUGAUGCCGAGUAUAGAUCACAACACUGUUGCAAGGAUGGAUCUCCAAACUCUUUCCCUCAGAGUUCUUCCUCCUCUUCCCAUCUCCACCCAAUAUGAAUCUGUCUUUUAUCUUUACUUUUAAUUAUAUACUUUUGCUAUACUGCACAUAUUUUGUAGCUGAAUGUCAGGGGUGGAAAUAACAAAAUAAAUUGACUCUUCUUAUUG